AUAGGUAUCAUUUUAUUUUCUGACAAUUUGUGUUUCUUUCUUGUGUUUCACUUCCUCGAGUUUAGUUGCUGGCUUUCCUCAACUAACAACCUGAUCUGGAUAUUCGUCGCCUUUGUGGCUUUUAUUGAAGUUGUGAGUUAAUGAUUAGUGUUAGUGAUUGUGAUCGGUAUACCUGGACUAAUUGCUGCUAAAGAUUUUUUCCUCUGCUCUUUAAAACGAAUUAAGUAUUUAUGAUAUGACCCAAUACAAUAAAUAUCAUUUUCUUUUCCCUAUUUACUCACAAAAAGCUUUGAACGUAGCCGCUGUUUGCGGGGAUGCUGGUCAAUUUUAACCUACUGAUGGUCUUCAAUAGCGAGAAAAACCUGUGGAGACAAUGUCCUAACAGGCAUAAGAUAGCUUCAUAAAUUCUCCAACUUUUACUACACAGUAUGAAAAAAAAAAACUUCUCCCCUUCCUUCAACACAAAAAUAACUCAUGAAAAAAAAAAAAAAAAAACAAAAAAAAAAAAAAUGAAAAAUGUGAAAGGAGCAGGAAGAGUAGGAUAUAUUAUGUAAUUUCUAUAAUUUAACAUAAGGCUUUACUUGGCGUGGUUCUUUCAGUUUAGACACUUUUUUGCGCGAUUUCUUUUGCUCAUUGGCAGAGAUCGAAGCUCCUAAUCCUGGUCCCCCUGUUGGGAGCUCUAUUCCCUGUAAAUUACUCUUCAUCCCACGCUUGUUACCGAAUUAGUAACUUCCUUGGCAAAGAUCCUCCCAUGCCUUGGCUAUUCGACAUCCAUAUCUAAAUAAUCGCUUUUUUUUGGUAUAUUUUAGCUCAACAUUUUGAUACUCCUACGUGUAAUAAGGGAGAUGACCAAUCUGUUGCAGCCAACAGGGGGAGACCACCAUUUUCAGAAAAUACGGUGAGAAUCACAGCAUAAAACUAAAAAAAAUAGUGGAAGACAUUGCCAUGCCCUCCUGUGGGGCUAUAUUUGCCUAGCUUUCUCAUUCCUUAAUCAGUAAGGCAUCAACAUAAAAAUUCAUUGUCAAAGGAAAGUAAAAGAAUGUGUUUUUCUAACUCCUAGUCUUGGCAUCAAAACAUGCGUGGUGAUGAUUCCCCAGCUGGGUGUCAUGUGGCUAUUCGGUCUCCUCUCGCCUGUAAAUAAAGCUUUCGCUUACAUCUUCACCAUACUUAACUCUACUCAGGUCAGUAUUCAAUGGUAACUGUAAAAAGACAUUAAUCUCAAUUAUUUAUUUUACUUUCUGACCAAGUGAGACACCAUUAGGAUGGUCAGAUUACAUUUCUUUGGAAUUUUUAAAACAAAAAGGUGUCAACUAUGCAAGAGAAGGCAGACUUCUUUUUCAAUUAUAAGAUGUGCAAUUUUCCUUCCUUCUUGGAAAUCUUAAUAGAUAGUUGACUAAUUUGUUUGCAAAUUGUAAAAGUUAAUGAUCUUGAAAUUAUUUUUAUGCUGCAGGGUUUCCUGAUUUUCGCUCUACACUGUAUGCGAAACACUCAGGUAAGAAAAAACAUUGAACUGAUUAUUAACUUUAUAUCAUCAAGUUUUAGUGUUUCAAUAAAUAUUCGAGUGCUAAGAACCAUAUUUCGUGUUGCUCGUCUAUCUGCAGAUCAGAGAGCGAUUCAAAAGAAAGAUGAACAUCGUUUUUCCAUCUUCUAUAAAGGACAACUCCACA